AUUUUUUAACAGUUUUAUUGCGGUGUAGUUUGCAUACCGUAAAACUCCUUAUUGUUGAAUUUCAAACAAACUCCUCUAAGAAGUGCUUGUGUAAAGCCUUUGCUGAGGGGCAGUAGCCUCUUCACGCGUUCGGGCGUCUGACUCUCCGAUUCCAGCCCCCCAGCCUGGCCCAGCUCCCACCUCAGCCCGCCCUCCGGGGACCGAAGCCCCGCCCCCCUGAGGCUGCAGCCCGCAAAGGCCGGCGCUGGGAGCGGAGCCUCUGCGCACUCCGGUCCUGUGGCGGGGGACAGCUGCGUGGGCACCUCCUGAGACACCCAGGCUGCGCCACAGGCCCUUCGGGCAUCCCCCUGCGUCCCAGACCUCUGCUGUCCCAGGCUGCGUUGUGCCCUGUGGCCCCGGCCUGUCGGCUGCACCGGUGGUGGUGGUGCCACUCAGUGUGCCCAGCGCCCCACGUGGCUCACGGCAGGACAAAGUGAAGGUCGCGUGUGAGCGUCACGGACUCGGUCACUCUGGGGAGCUGAAGGAAUAGGCUGUUUCAACAGCGCUUGUGACCUGGGGCUGGAGCGGAGAAGUCACAGCCAUCCCUGGUGCAGGGGGAGGUUUUGGGGGAAGAACAGACCUUUUGACUUGAGCCCGGUGUGGGCCCCUCUCAGCAGUGGGAAAGGCCAGCCUACCUGCCAACACGGUCAGCGCACCAGUGUGGACUGGGCACAGCCUGGCAGGUGGGUUUCCGUGGCAGGAGGGCACACACACAGGCAAGGGGAGGAAGAUCAAGAGAAGAAAACCCAGAAAAAGACGACCUGCAGGCUCCACGGAUCACGCCAGGAAUGGGGUGCACACAUUCCGUCUGUCCUCGAGUCCAGACUUGGGCUCGAUGCCCCAUCCUCGAGGGGUGCUAGGACUGCUCCUUCCUGGAGACGGGGCGUGGGCUUGGCGGGGCUGCGGCGCUCAUGGCUGCAGCCAGCGUGACCCCUCCCGGCUCCCUGGACCUGCUGCAGCCCGGCUUCUCCAAGACCCUCCUGGGGACGAAGCUAGAGGACAAGUACCUGUGCUCGGCCUGCAAGAACGUGCUGCGCAGACCCUUCCAGGCUCAGUGUGGGCAUCGCUACUGCUCCUUUUGCCUGAGCAGCAUCCUGAGCUCCGGGCCCCAGAGCUGUGCCGCCUGUGUGCACGAGGGCAUUUACGAGGAGGGCGUUUCAAUCCUGGAGAGCAGCUCGGCGUUCCCGGACAAUGCUGCCCGCAGGGAGGUGGAGAGCCUGCCGGCCGUCUGCCCCAGCGAGGGCUGCUCCUGGAAGGGGACCCUGAAGGACUACGAGAGCUGCCAUGAAGGACACUGCCCGUUCAUGCUGACCGAGUGCCCGGCGUGUAAAGGCCUCGUGCGCCUGGGCGAGAAGGAGCACCACCUGGAGCACCAGUGCCCGGAGCGGAGCCUCAGCUGCCGGCACUGCAGGGCGCCCUGCUGCCCGGCCGACAUGAAGGCGCACCACCAGAUCUGCCCCAAGUUCCCGCUGACGUGUGACGGCUGCGGCAAGAAGAAGAUCGCCCGUGAGAAGUUUCAGGACCACGUCCGGGCAUGUGGCAGAUGCCGGGUCCCGUGCCGAUUCCACGCUGUCGGCUGCCCCGAGAUGGUGGAGAGCGCGCGGCGGCAGGAGCACGAGGCACAGCGGCUCCAGGAGCACCUGGCCCUGCUUCUGGGCGCCCUGCUGGGUGCUGCGCGGCCCCCAGGGGGCGGCCACCCGCGCCCCGGCCAGGCCGAGGGCGCCUGGGAGGCCAGCACACCCUCCAGGGCGGCGGAGCUGCUGCAGAGGUGCGAGGCCCUGGAGCGGAAGACAGCCACCUUCGAGAACAUCGUCUGUGUGCUGAACCGGGAAGUGGAGCGGGUGGCCGUGACGGCCGAGGCCUGUGGCCGGCAGCACCGGCUGGACCAAGACAGGAUCGAGGCACUGAGCAACAAGGUGCAGCAGCUAGAGAGGAGCAUCGGCCUGAAGGACCUGGCCAUGGCCGACCUGGAGCAGAAGGUCCUCGAGAUGGAGGCGUCCACCUUCGACGGCGUGUUCGUCUGGAAGAUCUCGGACUUCUCCAGGAAGCGCCAGGAAGCCGUGGCCGGCCGCACGCCCGCCAUCUUCUCCCCAGCCUUCUACACCAGCAGGUACGGCUACAAGAUGUGCCUGCGCGCCUACCUCAACGGGGACGGCACGGGUCGCGGCACCCACCUGUCUCUCUUCUUCGUGCUGAUGCGUGGCCCGCACGACGCCCUCCUGCGCUGGCCCUUCAACCAGAAGGUGACCUUGAUGCUGCUGGACCAGAACAACCGAGAGCACGUAAUCGACGCCUUCAGGCCCGACGUGGCCUCGUCCUCCUUCCAGAGGCCGGUCACCGACAUGAACAUUGCCAGCGGCUGCCCGCUUUUCUGCCCUGUCUCCAAGAUGGAGGCCAAGAGCUCCUAUGUGCGUGACGACGCCAUUUUCAUCAAGGCCAUCGUGGACCUGACCGGGCUCUAGCCGCCUCGCGCGCAGCGUGGCCCUGCGCUGGCUGCGCGCCUGCUGAGCUCAGUCCUGAAGAGCCCGUCCUGAGCGGGGCCGGGCUGCGGGCUGUGUGUCCCUGGCAGGUGUGCCCCGCAGGCCUGGAGCCCUCAGCCCGCAGCAGGGCGGCCGCAAGGAGCCCGGGAGAGGAGGGUCGGCCUCGGGCCUGGCUGCCGCUCGGAGGAGAUCCCUGCUGGGCCAGCCUGACAGGCUGCAUGUGGGGGGUGGCCCGUGUCCCCUGCCCUGCAGGGUGUGGGGGGGCCCAGCCCUGCCAAGAGACACGUCAACUUCCCCAUCCGUGCGGGGAGGCGUUGGCAAACUCUCAGCUCUCUGUGCUGAGUGCUGUCCUGGCUCCGGCCCUGGGGGCAGUGACCCUGAGUGCCCGUGGCUCCCGGACACCGUGGACCUCAGGGGAAGUUGGCUAUUCUCCUGGGAGACUGCUUGCUGGGCAGCUUCCCUCCCUCAGGUCUCACCAGGGGCUGCGUGGAGAGCAGGGCCCCAGACCUGAAAAGUGCUGGUGGCUUUGUCUCCAGUGGGGGCCUGAUGUGGAGUCGCCCCAGGAGCAGCCUCGCCCACCCUGGGGGUCCCCUUGACAGUGGCAGAGCCCGGGCGGCCUGAGCACGGGAUGCAGCUGGUGGGCCCUGUCGGGGCCUCAGUCCUGGGGCCUCCAGCCAGGCACAGGUCCUGGCCGCUGGCUGUCCACACCCGGCUGUGCUCGUGACCGCGACUGGGAGACUCGAGGGCCAGGUCCUCAGAGACCCCGUGACAGGCGGGAUGGGGAGGCUCCCUCAGCACCGCCACCCUCACUGCUCUGGUUGAGACAUUAAACAGCAGCAAGGCAUGGAGAGUUACCAACUCCGUGCCCAGAGUUAACCAUGCGCACGUUUUGAAUUACAUAUUUUAAUUAAAAAGAGCCG